GGAAGUGUGUAAUGUGUGGAUGUUUCCAUGCCUUAGCAAGAUGGCUGAACUUGUGGAAGCUAAAGCGAUUGAAGAUGAUGAGGAGUUCGAAGAGGUUUUAUUUUGUAUUUUACUGUUUUUCACAGUAUUACUAUUUUUUAUAAACAUUUAUUAUAUUUUAAAACAAGAAUUUGAAUGUUCACCGUGCAAUUGUUGUGCAUAAUUUAUUGACCUUGUAUGCAACAAAACAAAAAAAACCGUUGCCAAAUUGAACUUGCCGGGGUCGUGCAAAAGUAAAAGGAUGUAUUUGGCUUGGUCCCCAAUUAUAGAGCAUAACAUAGUCUGACAUAGAAGGCUGUGGCUAUAAGAGUGAGAGGUUGGGUUGUUAAAAAAUAAUUAAAAUAUUAUUGUUGGGUUUGUACGACAAAAUUUGUUAUCAUGGUCGUCAUGGACCUGCUAGGAAUGGACUAUUUUUAGAUACUUUGGUCUUGGUCAAAAAUGUAAACAUUUUUUAAAAAUAAACCAAUGGCACAGUUGAAUAGAGCUAAUUUUAAACAUAAUUAUAACACCAAAAUCAUAUUUUUAGCUGUUGUAGUUUUAAAGUUAUGAAUUUUUAAAGUACGACUUGGUUUGUCCUUUUUUAAUAGUUCUUAUCAAAUAUCGCUCACAAAUUUUUCUUUAAAUAACUUUCUUCCUUUAAUCAUAACUGAAGUAUAUUUAUUGUCACAUUUAUGUAUUUCAUUUAAAAAACGUGUGUAUUCCAGAAUAUUUUGAAAGGUAAAAUUUUUAAGUAACAUGACAUUGGUCAUUGGGGAAGCACUGAUGAAGUAUCUUUUGUUGUGUGUAGUAGCCUAGUGAUGGCUUACUCUCAUCACGUGACCAAACAAGGAAGUGACUAAGCGACUCCCAUUAAAAUAAACUACCACAAAUGACAUCAGAAUAGCCAUUAAGUCUAAAGGGACCUGGUUCAGAUAAAGUGCGGAAUGAUAUAUACAUCGGACUUAUCAAUCAAUAUUAGAGAAAUUAUAAAAUUAUGUUAGUGUUACAGUUACAGCCUAUUAAUUUUCUUUUUUUUUCGUAGUUUAAAUUUACUAACUAAACAGUCUUCAGCCUUAUUUUAACUGAAUAAAUUUUUUAAGGCUUUGCUUUUUUAAAGUUAAUUGAAUUUCCAUUAUUUAACAUAUUUUGGCUGAUCAUAUUAAUUUUGUUUUGAAAUUAGGCUAUUUAAUUUUUUAGUUUGUUUACAGUUUAUUUUUAAAACCUAAAUUUAUGUGUUUAGGGCCUAAUUGUUUUGCCAAAGGCAGCACUUCUUUGAACUUCUUGGGGCAUUUUACAAAAUUAUCAAUAAAAUAAAUACAUCUUAUAAUUAAAUUAAAUUUGUAUUUUUCAGGAUGAAAGUAUUUCUGAACGCCUCAUUGGUUUGACGGAGAUGUUUCCAGAACCAAUUCGCAAGUCAUGCUCAUAUGCUAUUUCAUUCCUAACAUCAGCAACCAAGACAAGUGUCUCUGCGAUGCGAAGUAUUUUAUGGAUUGCUAGUUCCUCUGCGGUUAUUCUUGUCCUGCCUGUGCUAUUUGAGUCGGAGAGGGCUAAGCAACACGAGGAGGAGAUUCAGCAACAAAGACAGGUAUUAUGAACACAUUUUUACAACCAUUUAAGUUUAUUUUCAUUUUUGUUCAUAAGUAGAUGUCCAUUUUAUUUUGGAUAAUUUUUUUCAGUAUACAUAACUAAAUAAGCAGCAGGAUCAGUCAAAUUUUUAUUAAAAGUAGUAAUUUUGCUAGUGAAAUCUAAAUAAAAAUUCAACACUAAUUUUAACAUAAGCAGAUUUUUUAAUUAUUAUUAUUAUAGUUAUUUGGGGCCUAUGUUUCAUGACUUAGCUACUAAUUCUUUUUCCAUGGUUUUUAAAAACUGCUCAUAAUGCCCUCUAGGUUUUUGUUUUUCUCCUAUAGUAUUUUUUCCUCUACUUGGUCUUUAAACUGUCGAGAAUAUAAAUGCUCAAUUUUCUAUCAUAGUAUUUUUAGAAAACAAAUGUUUAUUUAGUUCACAUGAUUUGCUUAAAAUAAUGUUUUUUAACCCAAUCUUCUUUUGCUUUGUCAGAUCUUGCUGGGACCCAAUGCAGCUGUAUCAGGAUCUGGUGGGAGUAGCAACCUUUUGCCAGGGAUGGGCAUGGUACCAAAUCCCAGAAGCUAAAACGGUUUGGGGUCUGCUGGACAUUAAAACAAUGUUGUAAAUACCUAUAGUUUUAUUUUGCCUGCCUAUGGCUUGGCUAGCUUUUGGCUGAAAACAAAAAGUAGCUCUCUUUGGGAUUGUUGCUAAUUUAAUUACAAAAUUACAUCAUAUUCUCCAUUGCCGUUUAACACUUUUUAAUGAGGCGAUUACUCUGAACACCCUAUUCCCCUCACCCCCUUUUAUUUGAGUUUUUAAAAUUAUAACAGUUUAACAUGUUUUGGGCAUCAAUGCAUUUUUUAGGUAAGCGUCUAUUAUGUCCUGGUGCAUUUUGUAUGAACAGAUUUGUUGAACCAUUGGAUGAGUGUUCUGAACCCAUGGAAAAUAAGUGUACUGGUUUUUUAUUUUACCAGAGUAGAUGAACAUGUUUUCAUGCAGAGAAUCAGUUUUACAUCUCUGUAACUAAUGUAUGGCAUGACAAAUUUAAAGAAUAUUAUUUCUUAAUUUGGUAGUAUAAGUGUGAAAUGCUGAAUGUUUCUCAUUAUAUUAUGAAAGUUGGUCAUGUGUUACCAUUCAUCUCAACCAUGUGGUAGAAUAUUUGAAAUGUAUUUUGUCACAUGGUUUUCCCCAUCUAAUAAUUUGGUGCGUUUUUAGUAAAACUUCUUAGGCUAUAUUUCUCAACAGAUUCACUGCGUUACUGGUUCCUGCAAAUUUUGUCUUUAUGCUCAUAAUUGAUUUCAUUAAAAAAAAUUUUACGUUUACCAAACUGUCUUGAGUUAAAAUGUUGGAGAAAUGUGUUUAAUGGUUUGAGAUAAAGUUCUACAGACAAAUUUGCUAAAAUAAUUUUAGUCUUCAAUAUUUUGGUCACGUUUUGAAUGCAGGCAUUUUCAAGGUAUAUAUUGUCUGUUGUUUCUUACUUGAAGUCCAAAUAAAUGUUAUUUGAUUUUAA